AUGGCGCAUAUCUUUGAGCUUGCAAAAGCACAGCCCUAUGGAAACGGGAGGGUUCAAAUCGGGUUUGGGUUCGACUACUGGUUCCUCCCCAAAGAGGCCAUCGUUGGCAUUUUCAACGGACUUCGGCAUGCUGGUAUCAAGCUUUUCACCUCGCACUAUGCGAAAAACCCAACCUUUGGAGCAAACCCCCUGAUUCACACCCUGGAGGCUUAUGGCCUCAUCAAGUCACCUAGUGACAUCUUGCUGUCGCACGCCACGGGCCUCGAUGCGAGCGAGAAAGCCAAACUGGCUGAAACCCAGGUUGCUGUGUCGAGCACUCCAGACACGGAAGCUCAGAUGGGCUUCGGCUGGCCGCUUGCCUUCUCAUCAGGUAUUAACUACACGAUCGGUGUCGAUUGCCACACCAAUAACACAUCCUCAAUCCUUUCUCUCGCGCGAUCUGCUUUGCAGAUGGCGCGCCAACGUGAAGCAAUUGCGGAGACAGAUGGUUUAGAUGGUGCUCCUCAAAAACUGAAUCUCCAGCCAGCGGGCAGCACCCAAGAUGCUUUUAACGCCGCGACCAUCAGAGGGGCGCGUGCGGUGCUUUUGGGGGACGAGAUUGGGUCCCUAAAGGAGGGGAAAAAGGCUGACCUGGUCCUCUUUGAUGCUGCCGGGAGUGUGACUAUGAGUUGCGUUGCAGACUCGGAUCCUUUGACUGCGGUUGUCCGUCACAGCGAUAUUCGAGAUGUCGAGGCUGUUCUCAUAGACGGAAUCUGGAGGAAGAAAGGAGGUAAAGUCUGCCCGGUGACCGUUCCAGAGACAGGAUCCACUUUGCAGUGGACUGAAAUCAGGGAUAAGUUACUUGAGAGCCAGCGGGAGAUCCAACGUCGACAGAAGACUUUGAAUAUGGAAAAGGCGAAGGAGGCUCUUGUUGCCAUGUACCGGAUCAACACAAGCAACUUGAUCGAAAAGCCAAAAAGAACUUAG